AUGGACAACAUCACCUGGAUGGUCAGCCACACUGGAUGGUCGGAUUUCAUCCUGAUGGGACUCUUCAGACAAUCCAAACAUCCAGCACUACUUUGUGUGGUCAUUUUUGUGGUUUUCCUGAUGGCAUUGUCUGGAAACGCUGUCCUGAUCCUUCUGAUACACUCUGACACCCACCUCCACACCCCCAUGUACUUUUUCAUCAGUCAAUUGUCUCUCAUGGACAUGGUGUACGUUUCUGUCACUGUGCCCAAGAUGUUCCUGGACCAGGUCAUGGGUGUGAAUAAGAUCUCAGCCCCUGAGUGUGGGAUGCAGAUGUUCUUCUAUGUGACACUAGCAGGUUCAGAAUUUUUCCUUCUAGCCACCAUGGCCUAUGACCGCUACGUGGCCAUCUGCCAUCCUCUCCAUUACCCUGUCCUCAUGAACCAUAGGGUAUGUCUCUUCCUGUCAUCAGGCUGCUGGUUCCUGGGCUCAGUGGAUGGCUUCACAUUCACUCCCAUCACCAUGACCUUCCCCUUCUGUGGAUCCCGGGAGAUUCAUCAUUUCUUCUGUGAAGUUCCUGCUGUAUUGAAUCUCUCCUGCUCAGACACCUCACUCUAUGAGAUUUUCAUGUACUUGUGCUGUGUCCUCAUGCUCCUCAUCCCUUUGGUGAUCAUUUCAAGCUCCUAUUUACUCAUCCUCCUCACUAUCCACAGGAUGAACUCAGCAGAGGGCCGGAAAAAGGCCUUUGCCACCUGCUUCUCCCACCUGACUGUGGUCAUCCUCUUCUAUGGGGCUGCUGUCUACACCUACAUGCUCCCCAGCUCCUACCACACCCCUGAGAAGGACAUGAUGGUAUCUGUCUUCUAUACCAUCCUCACUCCAGUGCUGAACCCUUUAAUCUAUAGUCUUAGGAAUAAGGAUGUCAUGGGGGCUCUGAAGAAAAUGUUAACAGUGGGACCUGCCUUUCAAAAAGCUAUGGAGUAG